CGCGGUUUGUGAGACCAUUACAGUCGGAUCGGGAUCGGGAGGGAGGGAGAGCGGGAGGGAAAGAGCGCGGCUGAGCGGGGAAAGUCACAAAAGACGUGGACAUAUUUUGGAUAUUUUACAAUCUGCAGGAUUGGGGCUGCGGAUUAUAAAGGAGAAGUUGUUGGUAGCUAUGGGUACUUCCCCAUGGAUGUUCCUGAUCCUGGGAUGUUUUCUCACAGGACCAUUCCUAACAUUUUGCCAGCUUCCUCUGCCGACUAUUGUUCCCAAUAGGAAUGAAAUGGUGGUACAGCUGAAUUCCAAUUUCACACUCAAAUGCUCUGGAGACAGCGAAGUGAGCUGGCAGUACCCAGUGACCGAGGGAAGCCACAGGAUAGACAUUAGACAUGAAGAAAACAACAGUGGCCUCUUCGUGACGGUGCUCGAAGUAGGAAAUGCCUCAGCUGCUCAUACGGGCUUGUAUGUUUGCUAUUAUAACCACACUCAAGUGGAGGAUGGGGAAGUGGAAGGGAAGGACAUCUACAUCUAUGUGCCUGACCCAGACAUGCCUUUUGUUCCUUCUAUACCAGAAGACCAGUUCAUCCUAGUCGAAGAAGGUGAUCCCACCGUUAUCCCUUGUCGGACAAGUGACCCAAAAGCUCAAGUAACUUUAAUUAACAGUUUGGACAAGGCUGUCUAUGCUUUCUAUGACAGCAAACAAGGCUUCAUAGGGAAUUUCCCUGCGGGCUCAUAUACAUGCAAAACAAUGGUUAAAGGCGUGGAGUUCAAGUCUGAUGAGUUCCUCAUCUAUAUUUUAAGAGCUACUUCACAGCUGCCAGUUGAAAUUGAAGCUCUUAAAACUGUCUACAAAACAGGCGAGACCAUCGUAGUAACUUGUGUGGUCUUUGACAAUGAGGUGGUUAAUUUACAGUGGAAUUAUCCUGGGAAAGUGAAAGAAAAAGGUCUGAUAAAACUUGAUGAUAUCAAAGUCCCAUCGCAGAAGCUGGUUUACACCUUGACCAUUCCUGAGGCAUCAGUGAAAGACACAGGGGAUUAUGAAUGUACUGCUCGGCAUGCAACCAAGGAGGUUAAGGAAAAUAAGAAAGUAGUCAUUACAGUUCAUGACAAAGGGUUCGUUCACCUGGAGCCUCAGUUUAGCCCUCUGGAAGCUGUCAAUCUACAUGAAGUAAAAAAUUUUGUCGUUGAUGUGCAGGCAUACCCAGCUCCAAAAAUGUACUGGUUGAAGGAUAACGUGACUCUGAUUGAAAAUCUUACCGAGAUUGUUACUAGUUCAAACAGAGUCCAGGAAACAAGGUUUCAGAGUAUAUUAAAAUUGAUCCGGGCCAAGGAAGAAGACAGUGGAUACUAUACUUUGGUUGCUGAAAAUGAAGAUGAGAUUAAAAGAUACACCUUCUCCUUGCUAAUACAAGUUCCAGCCCUGAUCUUAGACCUUGUGGAUGAUCACCAUGGCUCUGCAGGGGGGCAGACGGUGAGGUGCUUGGCGGAGGGGACCCCGCUUCCUGAUGUGGAAUGGCUGGUUUGCAGGGACAUUAAAAAGUGCAGCAAUGACACCUCAUGGACUCUUUUGACUAACAAUAUCUCUGAUAUACACAUGGAAGCCCACCUGGAUGAGAAAAACAUGGUGGAAAGCCAGGUGACCUUCCAGAAGGUAGAGGAAACCCUGGCUGUGCGAUGUGUGGCAAGGAAUGACCUUGGUGCUGUUACUCGGGAACUGAAGCUUGUGGCUCCCACCUUGCGAUCAGAACUAACGGUGGCUGCUGCAGUCUUAGUGCUGUUAGUGAUUGUGAUAAUUUCACUGAUUGUCCUGGUCAUCAUAUGGAAACAGAAGCCGAGGUAUGAGAUAAGAUGGAGAGUCAUUGAGUCUAUCAGCCCUGAUGGCCACGAAUACAUUUAUGUGGACCCAAUGCAACUGCCUUAUGACUCCAGAUGGGAGUUUCCUCGAGACGGGUUAGUGCUUGGUCGAAUCCUUGGUUCUGGUGCAUUUGGAAAAGUAGUUGAAGGGACUGCAUAUGGAUUGAGUCGCUCUCAACCGGUGAUGAAAGUAGCUGUGAAAAUGCUGAAACCUACAGCUAGAUCCAGUGAAAAACAGGCACUCAUGUCUGAACUGAAGAUAAUGACACAUCUCGGGCCCCACCUGAAUAUUGUGAAUCUGCUUGGAGCUUGUACAAAAUCAGGUCCUAUUUACAUCAUCACUGAAUACUGCUUUUAUGGUGAUUUGGUGAACUAUCUGCAUAAGAACAGGGACAAUUUCCUGAGCCGACACCCAGAGAAGCCAAAGAAAGAUUUGGAUAUCUUUGGGAUGAACCCAGCUGACGAAAGCACAAGAAGUUAUGUGAUAUUAUCAUUUGAAAACACUGGAGAAUAUAUGGACAUGAAACAAGCUGAUACCACUCAGUAUGUGCCAAUGCUGGAAAGGAAGGAGGGAUCUAAAUACUCUGAUAUUCAGAGAUCUGUGUAUGAUCGGCCUGCUUCAUAUAAGAAGAAAUCUAUGUCAGAAUCGGAAGUCAAAAACCUUCUUUCAGAUGACAGUUCGGAGGGCCUCAGCCUACUGGAUUUGCUGAGCUUCACCUACCAGGUUGCCCGGGGAAUGGAAUUCUUGGCUUCUAAAAAUUGUGUGCACCGUGACUUGGCAGCUCGUAAUGUCCUCCUGGCUCAAGGAAAAAUUGUGAAGAUCUGUGACUUUGGGCUGGCUAGAGACAUCAUGCAUGAUUCCAACUAUGUCUCCAAGGGCAGCACUUUCCUCCCAGUAAAAUGGAUGGCACCUGAAAGCAUUUUUGACAAUCUGUACACAACAUUAAGUGAUGUCUGGUCUUAUGGCAUUCUGCUGUGGGAAAUAUUUUCUCUUGGUGGCACACCAUAUCCUGGCAUGAUGGUCGAUUCUACUUUCUACAAUAAGAUCAAGAGUGGAUACCGAAUGGCCAAACCCGAUCAUGCUACCAAUGAAGUGUAUGAGAUCAUGGUGAAGUGCUGGAACAGUGAACCAGAGAAAAGACCUUCUUUUUACCAUUUGAGUGAAAUUGUGGAGAGCUUGUUGCCUGGAGAGUACAAAAAGAGCUAUGAGAAGAUUCACCUGGACUUCCUGAAAAGUGAUCACCCAGCUGUCACACGCAUGAGAGGGGACUGUGACAACGCUUACAUUGGUGUCACCUACAAGAAUGAAGACAAGUUAAAGGACAGGGAGAGCGGAUUUGAUGAGCAGAGGCUGAGUGCUGACAGCGGGUACAUCAUCCCCCUGCCAGACAUUGACCCUGUUUCUGAAGAUGAGCUUGGCAAAAGGAACAGGCACAGUUCCCAGACAUCUGAAGAAAGUGCCAUUGAAACUGGUUCCAGUAGCUCUACUUUUAUCAAGAGAGAGGACGAGACCAUUGAGGACAUUGACAUGAUGGAUGACAUUGGGAUCGACUCCUCAGACCUGGUGGAGGACAGCUUCCUGUAACCCGAUGGACACCUUCCAGCUCUGCACACGGGGAAGCUUGCUGUGUCGUCUACAGACUUACGCUCCACAGAGAAAACCACUUUAUUGCAAUGUCAAGGAUGUGAAAAGGAGGUGGAUUUGUACAGAGAAACUCCCAGCGAUGGGCAGAGGAAUCAGCCUGAGCAUGAAUGAAAGAGAUAUGUUGAAGACGGAUUUUUUUAGUGUUGUUUCUUGCAGUACUUCAGUAGCAUCUCAGUGUUGUUUGCCAUUUGAACUGGUAGGAGGAUGAAGGAAAAGGCCACAAACAGACCAGUUUUGUGUUUCAAGGGCAUUCAUAUGACUUUGAUGGAUCGAAUUUCCACUGCAGCAAUACUUCAACCAUUGUAAUUAUGUAAAUAACUGUCUACUCAAGGAUCUUUUGAGGUGCACAUUGAACAUAUGCCAUGGAUUUUAGAAGAAAUCGUUCAUGAAUUUUGUGUACUUCUUCCCUCAAUCUCAAUGUCAGCUGCUGUUGAACUAUCAUGUGAAUUGAAGAACACGCAAAAACCACUUUUGGAACAAAAAGGUCUAAAACCACAAGGGACUGACCGGUACUACAAACAUGUUACUUUUUACCAUUAUUGCAAG